AAGAAGGGCACAAAUAUAUCUUUAGACCUUUGUCAUUUGUUACAACUGCUGUGCUUAAAGUAGCUGUUGAACCUGUCAAUCCUUCUGAAUUGCCUAAAAUGUUGGAUGGUUUACGAAAAAUUAAUAAAAGUUAUCCUAUAUUAAUAACAAAAGUCGAAGAAUCUGGUGAACAUAUUAUUCUCGGGACGGGUGAAUUAUAUUUGGACUGUGUUUUACAUGAUCUUCGAAGAAUGUAUGCUGAAAUAGAACUUAAGGUUUCGGAUCCUGUGGUUCGAUUCUGUGAAACUGUUGUAGAAACGUCGGCUUUAAAGUGUUUUGCUGAAACCCCAAAUAAAAAAAAUAAACUGACCAUGAUAUCUGAGCCAUUAGAAAAAGGUGUCGCCGAGGACAUUGAAGCUGGUAGAGUAAGCUUAAAGUGGGCGGUUAAAGAUGUUGCAAAAUUCUUUGAAGAAAAGUAUUCUUGGGAUGUGUUGGCAUCUCGUUCAAUCUGGGCAUUCGGACCUGACGAUAAUGGUCCAAAUAUUUUGAUAGAUGAUACCUUGCCCGCUGAG